AUGUUUAAGGUUAUUUUAGCCACCGCUCUCGUCGCGACAGUCGCCGCGCUGCCGCAGUACGACCACGGCCACGGUCACGACGACCACCACGGUCACGGACACGCCGUCUCCUCGCAGAGCGUUGUCAUCCACCAAACUCACCCCACGCACCACGAGCCCACGCACCACGAGGAGCACCACGAUGACUACCAUCAUGAGCCUGUCCACCACGAACAAUACCACCAUGAGCCCAUCCAUCAUGAACAGCACACGCAACACCAGAUCGUCCAUCACCAGGAAUAUAACCAUGAGCCUGUGCACCAUGAACAGUACCAUCACGAACCCAUUCAUCAUGAACAGCACACCCAACACGAGACCGUCCACCACCAAGAAUACAACCAUGAGCCUGUCCACCACGUAGAAUACCACCACCAGCCUAUCCACCACGAAAUCAGCCAUCAUGAAUCUGUCCACCACGGUCAAGAUUCCUCAGCUCACCACGGACAUGCCACCGAACAACACGUUGAAUACUACUCUCAUCCUAAAUACGAGUUCGCUUACCAAGUGUCGGACCCCCACACUCAUGACAUCAAGUCCCAGCACGAGGCGCGUGAUGGUGACGUUGUGAAGGGCGCGUACAGCCUGCACCAGCCCGACGGCACUGUCAGGCUUGUUGAGUACCACUCCGAUCACAAAACCGGAUUCAACGCCGACGUGAAGAUCGAGGGUCACGCCCAGCACAUCGUCCCCGAACAUCAGCACCACCAUCAUUGA